ACUCAAGAAUAUUUCACUUAUACGACGGCGGCCAGCAUUAUGGUGGGUGGAAACCGGGCAGAGCCCGGCGGAAACCCACGACCAUCCACAGGUUGCUGGCAGACCUUCCCACGUACGGCCGCAGAGGAAGCCAGCAUGGGCUGGUCUUGAACUCACAGCGACCGCAUUGGUGAGAGGCUUCUGGGUCACUACGCUGCGCUAGCGCGCUAACCGACUGAGCCACGGAGGCCCCCGGGACCACUCUGACCCCUUGUGUAGAUCUGCCCCUGAUAUACAUACAAAGCUGGUAUAGCAUGGCUUUAUGGGCUACACUUAACUUAGUUUGGUUUUAAUUUUGUUAAAAAUACUUUUGCAGUUGAGCUAAUAUUACCCGCAUAUAUGUUUUGAAUGCUAAAUAAAUUAAAGAUUGAUUAAUAACACCCAUUUAGGCUAUUUUCUUGACUGUUGUAUAACACAAUAUUUGAGAUUUUUUGGCAGUCAGCUUAAUGGCAUAUGUAUGGGUGGGGAACCCGGGGAAACCACCAACCUUUGGCAAGUUACUGACAAAGUUUUCCCACGUAUGACAUGCACACCAAGCUACUGACAAACUUUUCUCAUGUAUGACAUGCACCCCAACUUACUUACAAACUUUUCCCAUGUGUGACAUCCACACCAAGCUACUGACAAACUUUUCUCACGUAUGACAUGCACCCCAAGUUACUGACAAACUUUUCCCACGUAUGACGUGCACACCAAGCUACUGACAAACUUUUCUCACGUAUGCCAUGCAUGCCAACUUACUGACAAACUUUUCCCAAGUAUGACGUGCACACCAAGCUAUUGACAAACUUUUCCCACGUAUGACGUACACACCAAGCUGCUGACAAACUUUUCCCACUUAUGAUGUGCACACCAAGUAACUGACAAACUUUUCCCACCUAUGACAUGCACACCAAGCUAUUGAGAAACUUUUACCACGUAUGACAUGCACACCAAGCUACUGACAAAAUUUUCCCCACGUAUGACAUGCACACCAAGCUACUGACAAAUGUUUCCCACGUAUGACAUGCACACCAAGCUGCUGACAAACUUUUCCCACUUAUGGUGUGCACACCAAGUAACUGACAAACUUUUCCCACCUAUGACAUGCACACCAAGCUACUGACAAAUGUUUUCCACGUAUGACGUGCACCCCAAGUUACUGACAAACUUUUCCCACGUAUGACAUGCACACCAAGUUACUGACAAACUUUUCCCACGUAUGAUGUGCACACCAAGCUACUGACAAACGUUUUCCACGUGUGACAUGCACCCCAAGUUACUGACAAAUGUUUCCCACAUAUGACAUGCAUGCCAAGCUACUGACAAAUGUUUCCCAUGUAUGACAUGCACACCAAGUUGGUGAAAAACAAGUGGUCUUCAGUGAACAUUGUCAUUGGACUGUACAAACGUCACAUGAUCAUUAUUGACCAUUUAUUUGAUGUGUUUUUGUCAGUUUCUCCCUAUCAUUAUGCCUUUCUUUCUCAGCCAGACAUUGCUGAUUUCUGCCCUUAUUGAGUCCACCAAUGUGACCAUAGCAGACGGUACAACCCCUGUGUUUACAUUGGAUGUGUAUACAACAAUGUUUCUUCACUGUGCUGUGUGCAGUUUGACUGUCAACUCCCAACGACAGUAUCAACAACAUCUGGAAGGAAAGGCCCACCUCAAAAGGUUCAAGUUGUCAGGAGGUUAUGCUUCUCUGGACAGUCUGGCUCAUGCCAUCACAAAGCAGCACCCCUCUCCCACUGCCCCUCCCUGGUCAAAGCAGCAUGUGAGGGAUGUAAAUCUGUGCAACCCUGCCAGCAACCCUUUGACCUGUAACCUCUGUCAGCUGACCUUCUCCUCGCAGUCUCAAGCAGAUGAUCAUUAUCAUGGCAGCAGACAUGCCAAGAGACAGAGAGCUGCUCAGCAGUACAGCAACGUUCGCAUAUCUGCCGGUCAUGAAGCAGGGCCACAUAAGACGUAUUGCGAUGUAUACAGUACUUUCACUGGCCACACUUUAGGUUACACUGAAUACAGUGCCGGUACGGGAAAUGGUACAGAAGAAAAGCCUUUCCUGUUUGUGCCUCCUCCCUCAUUCCCCUCACUCUCAUCCAUUCUUGUGCCUGCACUGAAAGCCCCGCCUUUACCAUCAGAAACACUGACAAGCAGGCUGGUUCUGCUUCCCCACCAGCCCACAGCCAAUCAGAGUACAAGCCCCAUGUCUUGGUCGGCCCCGGCAAAGCGUAGGAGUGAGCCAUGUUUCUGUACCCUGUGUAAGGCAGAGUUGACGUCACAUCAGCAAGCCGAGGCGCAUUUCAGGGGAGGGAAACAUGCCAAGCGUGUCAAGACACAGAUGUUAAACUUUGAAUUGAUGUCGGAAAGAGGAACAGCCAUGACUGAUGUGACAAAGCAGGGUUCUACAGGGUUCUACUGCUCCUUCUGCGAGAUUCACCUGAACUCUCUGCUACAGCUCGAUCAGCACAGACGAGGUGGUAAGCACAAACAGAACCUUGAAAAGUGUGAGACAUUUAGGAACACUCACAAGACCAAACCCUCCCAGCUGUCUGACAGUUACGCAGUGUUCGCGUGUGAGAUGUGCUGCAGGGCGUUCUCAGAAAAAAACAGCUACCUUGUGCAUUUGAAGAGUCUGGAACACAAGAACAGAAAAAAUGAAUUGGAAUCCCAGGUUUCUGUAGGCACAGUGAAGAAAUGACCGAACAAGGCACAUCUCUCAUUACCAGUCACUUCUAAGCCUUUCUGUAUCAGUUUUUUGAAAAUGGCUCAUUUGACAGUAUUAAAGUAGAUGGAUAUUAAAGGCAAAGAAAACACUAAUGUGAAGUAUAUGUCGGAUGAAAAACCAUUAAUUAAUGUCAAGGUAAGGAUGUUUUUCAAACUUGUUUGAUGCAUUGGAAACUUUGUAUUCUACAGUGGCCUUUUCUGUCUAUAUUGGGAUAAGUGACGUCACAUCAGGAUUUUGUCUCUCAGCUCACACCGACUGCUACAUGCACAGAUGUAGAUUUGAUCAUUUAAAAUGCAUAUACAUGAAGAGGUGUUAAUGGACAUUGAAACGAACCAUUUCAAGCAAAACAUAUAGUUACAUGCAUGUAGCAUGGAUGUGAUGACAUUGAUACUCACCAAUUCCCAACAGUUCACUGUAGAAUUAAAUCAGACUAUUUUUCAGGACACUGUUUAAUGGCCUUCCAUCUGAUAUAUAUAUACGCAUACUUUAUGUUAGUGUUUUCUUUCUGUACAAAAAAAAGCUAAAGGUGCCAUGAUUUAUGUGUUAGGUUUCAUACUUGUUUGACAUACAUGUAUGUGCCCGUGAGGCACAGUUUUAUGUGUUAGGUUUCAUGCUUUUUAGACAAACAUGUAUGUGCCCACGAGGCACAGUUUUAUGCGUUAGGUUUCAUACUUGUUUGACAUACAUGUAUGUGCCCAUGAGGUACAGUUUUAUGAUUUUUUUUUUUUUUGAUUGAGCCCGGGGGAAACCAACGACCAUCCGCAGGUUGCUGCAGACCUUCCCACAUACGGCCGGAGAGGAAGCCAGCAUGAGCUGGACUUGAACUCACAUCGACCGCAUUGGUGAGAGACUCCUGGGUCAUUACGCUGCGCUAGCACGCUAACCAACUGAGCCACGGAGGCCCCUACAGUUUUAUGUGUUAGCUUUCAUACUUGUUUGACAUACAUGUAUGUGCCCGUGAGGCACAGUUUUAUGUGUUAGCUUUCAUACUUGUUAGACAAACAUGUAUGUGCCCGUGAGGCACAGUUUUAUGUGUUAUGUUUCAUGCUUUUUAGACAUACAUGUAUGUGCCCGUGAGGCACAGUUUUAUGUUAUGUUUCAUGCUUUUUAGACAAACAUGUAUGUGCCCGUGAGGCACAGUUUUAUGUGUUAGGUUUCAUACUUGUUUGACAUACAUGUAUGUGAUCAUGAGCCCAAGCUAUAAAUAUUCACCUAACAAUGCUUUUUGUCAUCUUCACAAUACUAGGCAUUUGUUUAUGUAUCAGAGUCACCGAUGAAAAACCGUAUUAGAGGGAUUACAGAACUGGGUCAUGUACAAGUUGUAUGUGUGGGUUUGUGAUGUGUUUGUCAUGUCCAGGCUAACACACCAAGAUCGUGUCAUGAAAAAUUGCUAGGUGAGUGAUGACCCAAGAAGAGUUACAUUAAUUUAUGGUUAAUUGAAAGUUUUGCUAUUGUCUUUCAUUGUUUUGCAUGUAUAUAAACACAUAGCCCCAGGAAUACAAAACUAUCUAAAACUAUGUCAAAAUUUUAAUCAUUAGAUUUUGGUAUGUUUCUUUCCAGUAUUUUACAUGUAUCUGAAAUUUAUUGUCCAGUAACUUUUAUCCAGAAUUUCUGUUAUAAAGCAAUAUUUGGACCUUUUUUUUUCAGAAAUAGCAACCUUAAAAUGAUUUGAAAUUAUUACUUAAUUCUAAGAUGGCUUCAGGAUGCCAUCAGUAAUUACCAGUAAUUAGCCUAAAUUUUUGUUCAUGACUACAAAAAGUUACUCAUUUUGAGCUCUAUUAAUCUCAGCAAGAUGUUUUUAGCUUUUUGGAAGGUAUAGAAUGAUCUGAAAAAUGUAACUUUCAGCAUCAAAAGUAAUAUUUUAUGCCCUCUAGCCCUAAAAAAAUGCAGUUGUUUGGUUCAGUAUCUGGAGCAAACGGAGCAUUUGUCUUUUUUUGUGCAUUCAUUUUCCCAUGUGGUCGACAUGUGAUUGCCAUGUGAUCUUCAUGUGAUCGCCAUGUGAUUGCCAUGUGAUUGCCAUGAUAAGGACUCUGCCAAAAUUCCUGGAUCCAAUACCACACUGUUUAAAUCACCCUGGUGUAUUGAGUAGGUGAGGUGAUCCCAAUUUCUGUUUAUUUUUUUACUUCUUUAUUCGUUUGACCGUUGUUAUAUGCCGUGCUCAAGAAUAUUUCACUUUUUCAAAAGCUCCCAGCAUUAUAGGGGGAGGAAAGAUGGCAGGCCCCAGGGGACACCUACGACCAUCCCCAGACUGCUUUUUGGCAAGACUUAUGUGUUAUUUAGGUUUAAAGACUUUGGGAAGAAAUUCAUAACUAGUGAUUCAUAUCAGGACGGGAUAUUACAUAUGACUGUGUUCGUAUUAACUUACUUAAUGUACUUUAACAUAUAAUGUAUAAUAACGUCUGUAUUUAUUGAAGGUAGCUCAGUCAACUUACAAUGAAACUGUUCUUCCCCAAUAACUUCAUUGAGAAAACAAUGUAUAGGAAACAUGUACUUCGGAGUCCAAUCAAAAAAUACAUCAAUGUAUAUGACACCAGAUAAAGCAGCAGGUAGUUUGAAAAGAGAAGUUACAUACAUUCAUACAUACAAAAAGCAACAACACAAGCAAUAGUGCUGUUCCCGCAACUGUGCUAACCAGCAGAAGCAUCUUGCCGACACCUACUUGCCCCCCUGCUGGCUGGAACCCCGUCAACACAUGUACGGAAAACGAACCAAGUGAGUGGGAGAUGGCCCCUUUCCCAUCCCCUGUCCGGUUUGGACUAUGCACAUGUGUGGAAGAGUUUUACAAGGACCUAGAAUAAAAAAAAAAAAUACAAAGAAAUAAAAUCAUGUAUAUGCUGGGAGGCAGUUCCAUAGUUUCAUGCCUAUGUGUGUAAAACUUUCUGUCCUGUAAUUUGUCCUUGCUUUAUUGAUAUUAUAUGUUGUGUUGAUCUAAGAACAAUAUUGUGCAGAUGUUUGGAGGGAAAAGCUUUUUAAUACAGUUUGGACAGAUUAUGUAAUGCUUUAUAGAUAAUACAAAGAAUUGUGUAGUUUACCCUUUUAUUAAAAUGCAUCCUUUUAGUCUUUGGAGUAAAGAUUUUUCACAUGUUUUUAUAUUUUCAUGUAGAACUAAACAAGCAGCCUUCUGUAACUGGACUAUCCUUUCUCUAUUUUUAAUUGAACAGUUUCCCAAUACUGCACAGCAAUAAUCAAGAUAGUACUUAUAAAAAUUAUCACUACAACGAGGUGUUAGAAGAGCUCUCAUCCUUUGUAGAAUCCCUAACAAUUUAGAAACCUUUUUACACACAUUUUUGAUUUAUGUGUCCCAGUAAAGAUGUAAAAAUGUUCGUGAAUAUAAAUACCAAACAAUUUACCAUUACUGACUCGUUCGAGUUUACUUCCAUCAAGCAUAACAGAGAAAGGAACAUGUUUGAUUAACUGCAGCCGUUGCCUGGAGCCCAGUAUCAUGUAUUUACAUUUUUGGUGAUUAAUGAACAUGAGUUUUUUGUCCUGCCAGUCUUUAGUACAAUCCAUACUGCUGGUUAUAUGGCGCUCAGUGUCAGACAUACUGCCUGAGGAGCAGUAUGUAGUUGUGUCAUUAGCAAAGCUGUCAAUAGAAUUGCCACUGUCUUUUGUAAAUAACGGGAGAUCAUUUAUAUAUAGUAUAAAAGGUAAAGGUCCCAAUGUGGAGCCUUGCGGGACACCGGCCUUAAUAUCCAUAGCAUCAGAAUUUCUCCUCCAACAACAACCCUCUGUUGUCUGUU